UUAAAUAUUAUUAAUUUUCAGAUGGAUUUAUCCAAAGCAAAUUUAAUGAUUUUAAUGUCGAAAGAUACUCCAUAUUAUGGAACUUUACUCACGCUUCGUGCGCUAGAAGUUGACAUUGGAAAAAUCGUAUCACUUGUUGAUAAUACUGCUUCAUUACAACAAGUUCAUAAAUGUGGUUUACUAUUAAAUGGAAUGUCGAUAGAUAAUGAUUCAUCAAUUGCUCGAUUUAUUGCGCAAAAUUCUUCAGUUCAUUUAGUAAAAAGGGAUUUAAAAGAACAAUUUUUAAUAGAGAAUUUUAUUUCUUUAUUUGAAUUAAUCAAUGAGAAAAGUGCAAAUCAACAGAUAAAACGUGAUGCAGAGAAACAGAUAAUUGACCUGGCUACACAAAAUUUCAAAAAUGAUGGACAAUUUCUUAUUUUAUCUUCGAAUAAUUUAUUUAAUAAACAUUUUGAUAUGAUUUUACAAAAUAAACACUUUCAUUCUGUUCACAAUUUUGUUAAUUCAACUAGAGUACAUCCUACUUCAUCUACACAAAUUUCUGAAGAUAAGAAUAAUUGUGGUGAUAAAAAACAAAAAGCAAAUAAAAAAUCGAACGAAGGCAAAAAAGAAAAUAUUAAAGAAGCUAAACAACAAAUUAAAGAUGAAGGGAAAUUUGUAGAACUUGAAGGUGCCGAAAUGGGAAAGGUUGUUGUAAGAUUUCCACCUGAAGCUAGCGGAUUUGAUGAUACAAACCCUGCCAAAGAAGAUGCACAUUUUGAAGAGGUUAUAAUUGAAGAUUUGAAAAUGUUAAAAAUUCAACCUGACCAAUUAACACGUACUUCUGAUCAUUUUGAUUUACUUAUUAACUACUGUGAACAACUUUUAAAAGAUGGAAAAGCUUAUGUUGAUGAUACAGAUUCUGAAACGAUGCGCAAAGAGCGUGAGGAAAGGAUUGAAUCAAAAAAUAGAAAUAAUUCACCAGUAGAAAAUAUGUCUUUAUGGAACGAAAUGCUUUUAGGAACUGAAAAAGGUCUGGUUUGUUGUGUUCGAAUAAAAAUUGAUAUGAAAAACAACAAUGGAGCUUUGAGGGAUCCAACAAUUUAUCGAUGUAAGACUGAACCACAUUUACUUUAUCCGACUUAUGACUUUGCGUGUCCAAUUGUUGACAGUAUUGAAGGAGUAACACAUGCUCUUAGAACUACAGAAUAUACUGAUCGUGAUGAACAAUAUUUCUUUAUAUGCGAUGCUUUGGGAAUUAGAAAACCUCAUAUUUGGGCAUACGCAAGAUUAAACAUGACAAAUACUGUGAUGAGUAAAAGAAAGCUUACUUGGUUGGUUGAUGAGCAUUUAGUUGAUGGAUGGGAUGAUCCUAGAAUGCCUACUGUUAGAGGUGUUAUGCGUCGUGGUUUAACAGGAUUUAAACAAUUUAUUUUGGCUCAAGGUGGGAGUCGUUCAGUUGUAACUAUGGAAUGGGAUAAAAUAUGGGCUUUUAAUAAAAAAGUUAUUGAUUCAACUGCUCAUCGUUAUACAGGCCUUGAUAUGGCAGAAAUUGUACCAGUUAAAAUUGUUCAACAAAUAAAUACUGAAAUUCGUCAAAUACCUUUACUUCCAAAGGAACCAGAAGGUUCAAAGAAAGAUGUUUGGUUUGGAAAAGAAUUAUUCAUAGAACAAAUCGAUGCGAAUUGUAUGAAGCCUGGAGAUUCUGUGACUUUUGUAAAUUGGGGGAAUAUGCGUAUAGUAAACGUAAUUCGUGAUGAUAAAACUGGUAAAGUUAUUAAUAUUGAAGCUGAAUUGGAUUUGGAUAAUAAAGAUUAUAAAAAAACACUUAAAGUAACUUGGCUAACAAAUACAGACCCUAAAACAACUAAUUUUGUUGCUAAAACCAUCCAUUAUAAUCAUAUUAUCGACAAAGCCAUUAUGGGAAAAGAUGAAGAUUGGAAGCAAUUUGUUAAUCGUGAUAGUAUUCAUUAUAAUUCUCUUUUGGUGGAAGAAGCAAUGAAAAAUGUUAGGAAAGGUGAUAUUAUUCAGAUACAACGAAAAUCUUUUUAUAUUUGUGAUUCAAAAACAAAUGAAGGACUUGUACUCAUUGAAAUUCCUGAUGGUAAGGCGGUAGCUUCAACAAAGAAAUGAAAAAUUGAUAGUAAAUGUUAGGUCAUGUUUGAUUUUUUUAAUUUUUUUUUAUAAAUGUUUGUUUUAUUUAUUUUUUUAUCGUUAUGUUGACCAUCAUCUAUAUUUAUUUAUUACUUUUAUUUUUCGAAUUAAUUUAGGUUGUAGAACUUU